AGUUCGAUUUCAUACCUAUCAAUUCAGAAUUCAGUUUCAAUUUGAAGAAAAAUGGGAGACAGAAAGCGUGGGCAUGAUAACGAUGACAAAGGGCUGUUCUCUUCCCUUGCUGGAUAUGCUGCUGGACACUAUAACCCCUCGGGUGCAUACCCCCCUCAAGGAUAUCCUUAUCCUACUCCAGGGGGGUUCCCACCAGCUGGAUAUCCUCCUCCCGGAGGGUACCCACCACCAGCAUAUCCUCCUCCAGGGGGUUACUCACAACCUGGAUAUCCUCCCCCUGCUGGAUACCCACCACCAGCAUAUCCUCCCCACGGUGGAUAUCCCACAGCGGGUUACCCAGGUCCAUCAGCCCCAUAUCAUUCAGGGCACGGACCAAAUUUUGGAGCCUUGCUAGCCGGGGGUGCAGCUGCUGCCGCCGCUGCUUACGGGGCUCACCAUCUAUCACACGGUGGGCAUAACCUUGCACACGGUGGUCACUUUGGCCAUCACCAUGGGAAAUUUAAGCAUGGCAAGUUCAAGCAUGGUAAGUUCGGCAAGCGCUGGAAGCAUGGCCGGUUUGGAAUGCAUGGGGGAAAGUUCAAAAGAUGGAAGUGAUUCCUGUAGCCAUGGAUGAUGGUAUGUAUAUAUAUAGUAGUAGUUCAAUAGGAUCUAGGUGACCUUUACUUUUUGUGAUGACCUGUGAUUGCAAUUCGAGUGUUGUGCAGCCCUUGCAUAUAUGCUUAGUUAUAUCUUGUUCUUAUUGGAUUUAUGUAUAAGUUUCCCGUUGAAGCUGAAUAUGGCCAUUGUAAGCAUUGCUCCAAUAUUUGUAUUCUGCAAAUUUGAGACAUCCUCC